AUGUCAAAUAAAGCGGGGAGGCCCUACAGGGAGCGAAUCCCUCCCCGGCCCCUGUGCCCGAGCCUGGAGCCCACGCUGGAUCCGCGGGCUGAAUCCGAAUCCGGGUCCGAGUCGGAGCCAGAGGCAGGCCCGGGGCCCAGGCCGGGGCCGCUGCAGAGGAAGCAGCCCAUCGGGCCGGAGGACGUGCUGGGGCUGCAGCGGAUCACGGGCGACUACCUGUGCUCCCCCGAGGAGAAUAUCUACAAGAUCGACUUCGUCAGGUUCAAGAUUCGGGACAUGGACUCAGGCACUGUCCUCUUUGAAAUCAAGAAGCCCCCAGCCUCAGAGCGGUUGCCCAUCAACCGGCGGGAUCUGGACCCCAAUGCUGGGCGCUUUGUCCGCUACCAGUUCACCCCUGCCUUUCUCCGCCUGAGGCAGGUGGGAGCCACGGUGGAGUUCACGGUGGGAGAGAAGCCCGUCAACAACUUCCGCAUGAUCGAGAGGCACUACUUCCGCAACCAGCUGCUCAAAAGCUUUGACUUCCACUUCGGCUUCUGCAUCCCCAGCAGCAAGAACACCUGCGAGCACAUCUACGACUUCCCCCCGCUCUCUGAAGAGCUGAUCAGCGAGAUGAUCCGUCACCCGUACGAGACACAGUCUGACAGCUUCUACUUCGUGGAUGACCGGCUGGUGAUGCACAACAAAGCAGACUAUUCCUACAGCGGGAACCCCUGACCCCAGCCGCAGCAGGCUCUGGACCCUGAGCCGGGACCUCCCCAACCCUCACCUCCCUACUCCAGGUGUUCUGCCUGGGGAGUGUUCGCGGAUCCCCGGCCGUGGAGUCCGAGUCGGGAGGAAGGGUACCUGCUGUCUGCCAGCCACGCCCCUCAAGCGUGUGGGGUGGGGUGGCAGGAAGGCCUCUUGGGAGAGGAGCAGCCAGGACUUCCAGGCAGUUUCAGGAUAGGUUUCCCUCCCCAGGCUGUGACUAGGUCAGGGCAGGAUCCAUUCCUUAUUGCCUGCCCACCACCAUCAGGCCAUUUAGAGUCGAAAGUUCACAGACACAGAUCCACAGUUGGGAUCUGGCCCCAUUGGCGGCUGAGACACUGCCUCAGGCGUAGGGGGGGACUGGCCCCCAUUGCAGCCUAUGGUAGGAGCUGGACCAACUGUACAUAGUUUUCAAUAAACUUUCUCCUUUUCUGUU